GCAUCUGCAGUUCCCAUUAUCACCUAUUGGACUAUGAGCUGGUGUCGUGUGACUUCUGACUUUGUCCAAUCAAGUACAACACCAGCACCUCCACAUUAUCUCUGUGAAUGAAUGAAUGAAGUCAGUGUCGCCUCUGGCACCGCCGAGUGUCUCGCGCCUCUCGAUUGUGACGACUGUGAUCAGGUGACCGGUAGUGUUGCCAUGGAUGCGGCGGAGCGGGUCGGUCGAGUUCGGCGGCAGCGGGGCCAGGGGCUUCCUUCUUUCCACUGGGCCUGGACCUGGCUUACUCUCACUCUCACUGCCCGUAUCGGAGCCGCCGUCUACGUCCUGGACGACAAAGGAGGCCUGGGCCCGCAGUUUGACGGUAUUGGGGGCUUGAGCGGCGGCGGGGCAACUUCCCGGCUUCUUGUGAAUUACCCAGAGCCAUAUCGCAGCCAAAUCUUGGACUAUUUAUUCAAGCCAAACUUUGGUGCUUCCCUGCAUAUCUUGAAAGUUGAGAUUGGUGGUGAUGCCCAAACAACAGAUGGAACUGAACCAUCACAUAUGCGCAAUGAAAAUGAUGAAAAUUACUCCAGAGGAUAUGAGUGGUGGCUGAUGAAGGAAGCUAAGAAGAGGAAUCCUAAUAUUAAAUUAAUAGGGCUGCCUUGGGCCUUUCCUGGUUGGAUUGGCUGUGGAAACGACUGGCCUUAUACCUGCCCAGACAAAACAGCCUAUUAUGUUGCCUCAUGGAUUCAUGGUGCUAAAUUGUAUCAUAAUCUGGAUAUUGAUUAUGUUGGGAUUUGGAAUGAGAGAGCAUUUGACAGAAAGUACAUUGAGCUGCUGAGAUACACCAUGGACAAAAUGGGUCUAGAGCAGGUGAAAAUCAUAGCCAGCGAUAAUCUUUGGGAUCCAAUAUCUUGGUCUGUGCUUCAAGAUACUGAACUAUAUGAUGUGGUCGACAUUAUUGGAGCCCAUUAUCCUGGAACAUUUUCAAGUAGUAACGCCAGGAAGACACGGAAGAAACUAUGGUCAUCUGAAGACUACAGUACUGUGAAUGAUCAUGUUGGAGGAGGCUGCUGGGCUCGUAUACUUAACCAGAAUUUUGUCAAUGGCAAUAUGACUUCCACAAUCGCAUGGAACUUAGUGGCAAGUUAUUAUAAAGAUUUACCAUUUGGCCAGGAUGGACUGAUGACUGCAGAUGAACCGUGGAGUGGGCAUUAUGAUGUGCAGUCACCCAUUUGGAUUACAGCACACACCACACAGUUCACUCAGCCAGGAUGGCACUACCUGAAGACUGUUGGUCACUUGCAGAAGGGUGGCAGUUAUGUGGCCCUUACUGAUGGGAAGGGAAAUAUCACCAUUAUCAUAGAAACAAUGACCCGUGAUCAUUCAAUAUGUAUCAGGCCACCGCUACCACCUUACGAUGUCUUUCAGCAAAAUGUGACUUUUAAAUUACAAGGAUCAUUUAAAAAUAUUGAAGCUUUGAAAGUAUGGCAUUCAAAAUUUGACUUUGUCAAGAAUUCAUCAACAUUUUUUAACCAGAUGUCUGAAAUCAAGCCUAUCAAUGGAUCAUUUUCACUGCAAUUGAAGUUGGAUGAAAUAUACACCAUGACCACCGUCAAUACAGGAAAUCGAGGCAGCUUUCCUGAGCCACCACCUUCUACAUCAUUUCCCAAAGUAUAUAAGGACAGCUUUAAUGUUGGGAACAUGGAAAAAAUUUGAUAAACCAGAGCUACAGAGGCUGAAGGAGCUGAAAAUGACUUGCCCACUGCCUCUGGACAAUUCUGAUGCACCCUACUCAGUGUACCAUGUUCAAGGGCACUGAUAAAGACGCUGAAAACGUACUGACUGUGCAGGUUGUGACAUCAACGAUCUUUCUAGAUGAAUGGACGCAUGCUACUAACCUCGAUCAAGCUAGUCCAGUUAACUCAAGAUAUUUUUAGUAAACCUGUUCAGAUAUAUCACAGCUUGUCCGGGGCAGGUAGGACGUGAACUCAUAGCUUCUGGCUUAGAGGUAGGGACACUAUCACUGCAGCAGCACAAGAGCCCCAAACACGCUCUAUAUUUUAUAAUCAACCUGCUCAGUGAUGUUACUAUACACCUCUGGAGCAGGUAGAACUUGAGCCCUCACUAUUCCCCUCUAUUUACUACUUGUAUCUAGAAGUGCUGCAACUCACUUUUUUUUGCCAUCACAAAGCCAACCAUGUAACUUGUCACCUGUUAUCCACCAGCACUAAACCACCUAUGUUUCCAAUUAAUCAGUUUAUGUGCCAAGCCCUGUCCUUAUCGCUCCCAGCUAAACAUGUGCCAUCUGUAGAAGGGACCCAAUAGCAUUACUUCAAGGAUCAAUUAUCCUAAUUUAUUAGUGAGGAACGUUUGACUGACUUUUGCUACUAUAAAUUUAGUUCAGAGGAGUAGUAUGAUGUGGCCUGGGAGGCACUUUAGUGGCAAGUUAUUUUGAACUGAAUCUGUUGCUUCCUCAUUGGGUGGAACAGAGAUAGCAUUCCUCAGAAGAGCAAAGUGAAACAGGUUGUAUUGCAGCUGUUCUUUAAAGAGAUAUCUUUUUGAGAAUGCUGAGGAAAUCUAGCUAGGCCUGUCUAUCUCGUGUAUACGUUUUUUCACUGCUCUGAGGGUUGAGGCGGAGGGCUUGUUCCAGGAGGCUGCAGAUGUCAGCACUUAACUGCAGUGACAGCCUGAACCUCCUAAUCCACUGGAAUUCCGCUAUAUCAAGAGAGCUAAUGCUGUCCUUGCAGACCUGGUUUUGCUGUUGCUGAUGGUGGCGAUGUAGCAACUGCUGUUCCUGCUCAACAGAGGAGACUGGACCUGCUCCAAGAAAUAGCCUCAGCAAUUUGGUGACUAUGAAAAGCUUUAACAUAAUUGAUUUAAAUAUAACCAGUGAUCUGAUGUAUUUAUAGUCCUGAAGUUAUGAGAUGCCACAGAGCUUUGUCAAGUGUACAUGGUUAUAAUAUUUUUUCAGUUCCCAGCAGUGUGGCUUUUGAAGUCCUUGAUGUUAAUAUGGAGUUUGGUAAAUAAUUUUAAUCUUGGUGUUCAAAUUAUCUGU